CUCGGAUUUAAGCCGUAAUCUACACAGUACUCCAUUUUGUAACAAACUGAGCUGAAGAUGCGUUCCCCAUUUGUAAUCGCCUUUGGUCUUUUGGCCCUGGUUGCAACUGCCUCGGCAGGCAAGACGCCCGGGUCAUCUCCAGCCGCGUCGCCACCAGCACCGGCAGUCACGCCGCCCGGGUCAUCUCCAGCCGCGUCGCCACCAGCACCGGCAAGCACGCCAACCCCGGCACCUCCAGCUACUUCACCUACCCCAGCUCCUCCUGCUUCGCCCGAUUCCCCGGCCAGCAGCUCGUCCUCGUCCAGUGGAUCCAGCACCACCCAGCAGGAGAAAAGGCUCAGGCGCCAGGUGCGCAGGCUGAGGCGCAAGCUCCGCCGCCAGAGGCGUCUGGAAAACCAGGAGGGGAGUGGUGUUACGAAACGAGUGGUCCGUGUGGUCCGAGUCCGUAGCGUCAGCGCUUAAUAGUAAUGGCUUUAGGGCCCUUAUAUUGAUGGUAAAAAUCAAGAAUAAAUUGUCUACGAAUAUGAAAUAAAAUGCCAGACAGAAAUGCAGAAAAA